ACUGCAUUAAUGUUGGCGGCAUCAAAUGGCAAUGUCAAAGUGAUGCAUCUGCUACUUGCCACGGGUAAAGUUAACCUAGAAACUAAGGAAAGUAAAUACAGCCGAUCACCGUUAUUUUGGGCAGCAAAGAACAAUCACGACCUAGCGAUAGAGGUCCUACUUUCCAAUGGGGUUAAUCUAGACUGUACAGACAAAUUCGGUCGGACGCCCCUCCAUAUCGCAUCAUGGAAAGGUCAUGAGUCGACAACCAAGCUUCUUCUAGGCAUACGUAGCAUCAACCCCAACUCUAGAGAUAUUUUCAAGUCGACUCCCUUAUUAGUAGCAGCAAGAAGCGGUCGCGAGAAGACGGUGAAGCUGCUCCUAGAAAAUAACAAUGUCGAUAUCGGCUGCCGGGACAAAUUCGGCCAGACCCCCUUAACCUGGGCUGCAAGAAAAGGAUUUUCCACUAUCGUUGAGCUUUUGCUCGAG